CUGGCUUUUAGCAUCACUCGAACUUAAUAUCCUUGGUCCAACCUCAUUUUGAUAUCGACUGGAUGGCUUGGCGGUUGUUCUCAUGGCACACUUAUAACCAGUACGACAGAUCAGUUCUGAAACCACAAUGGUCUUUUCGCGCAACAUACCGUCGGACGUUGUGUUCGACGCUCUAAACUUAAACAAACGGAAAAGCGCACACGACUCAUUCAUGAGGGUGCCAUCGCUAGCUGUGUUUAAACCCCCAGCACUAAUCUUCAUUACCGACGCUAAGGAACCAAACGAUGGCAACCGGCAGAAACGUUCAUCUAAAUAUGCUCGAAUUCGAGAGUUCGUACGACGGCCAAAAGAGCAGAGCCGUAAGACCCCUCAGGCGCGAAUACGGAAUAAGUUGCAAAAGGGCAUCCGCGGAGUGAUUAAAGGUGUCGGGAUGAGUAAAGGUGAAGGACCGCGGCGACGGAGUGGAUAUGCAGAAAACGCUUCAGGCGCAGGUUCGGGUUCAGGUCCAAACACACGCACAAGCGCGGCCGUCGCGGAUGCAACUCCAACUACACGUAUGACUACGAACACGCCGGCUACGACUACAGGCAGAAGUACAAGUACAUUCAGUGCGGAGAAAUCAAAGGCCAACACAGCAGCAACAACGACCCUGCAUGCGCUGUUUUCUUUUCGAACCUUCUUGUUUUUGUGUUUUUUAAUUGUUCAGGUAGAUGGAACUAAGUAGUUCACACAGCUGAAUUUAUUAUAUCGGUUUCUACAGUUCUAGAUACUUCUCACGUGCUCAACAUCUCCUAUAACCAUCACUGCCUAUAAGGAGCUUUUUCGGGGUUUAUUUAUCACUAACACCGCUCGUAUAUCAGCAGAUUUCGA